GAGUCUGUAAGUAGAAGUGAUUUCCAGCAAAGCAGCAGGGAUUUGUGAAUCUCACAGGAGCGGUGGGCGAUAGGCGGUUCAGAAUCGCCUACACGGGAGGAGCGAUUCAUAGGCGAGUAUGAUUAUGUGUAGCGUGAGACAUUCUUGCAGCUCUCUACGUUGUUGCAGUCACCAAAGUGGUUAGCUAGUAGCUAGCAUUCACGGGAGAAAAAGGACAGACGACCAACGUCUCUUCAGUCCGGGAACUCAACCGGUGUUUUUAUUCUGCGCAUGCGCACAACAGCACCUCAACGGACACAGCAGCGCCUGCGAUCAUGGCGGACGUGGUUGCGAAGCAGGUAGUGGACCCGACGCCAGUCCCGGACCGGGAGCAGAACGGGAAGGCGGAGGACAAGGAGGAGGCCGACCCCGUGGGGGAGACGGCGAAAAAGAAGAAGAGAAAGAAGAAGAAGAAGAAGUCCGCAACGACAGCCGAUGAAACGGAGGGCGACUCGGUGGCCGUAGUGGCCCAGCAGCUGGAAAAGCAGGCGAUCGACGACAAAGAGAAGGAGGGCGCAGAAGAAGAUGGAGAGAACGCGGCAGGGGAAAAGAAGAAGAAGAAAAAGAAGAAGAAAGGACCUAAAACUCAGACUGAGAUUCCUUCUGUGCCGAUCUGUGACUUGUACCCUGGUGGAGUGUUCCCCAUCGGACAGCAGUGUGAAUACCCCACCUUACAGGACGGGCGCAGCGCGGCGUGGCGUACGACCCACCAGGAGAAGCGGGCGCUGGACAAAGCCAACGAGGAGGUCUGGAACGACUUCCGCCAGGCGGCCGAGGCGCACAGACAAGUCCGGCAGCACGUCCGCGGCUUCAUGAAACCCGGCAUGACCAUGAUCGAAAUCUGUGAGCGGUUGGAGGACUGCUCCCGCAAGGUGAUCAAGGAGGACCGGCUGAACGCUGGGCUGGCCUUCCCCACCGGCUGCUCCCUGAACCACUGCGCCGCCCACUACACGCCCAACGCCGGCGACGCCACGGUGCUGCAGUACGACGACGUCUGCAAGAUCGACUUCGGCACGCACAUCAACGGCAGAAUCAUCGACUGUGCCUUCACCGUCACCUUCAACCCGAGGUACGACAAGCUGCUGGAGGCCGUGAAGGACGCCACCAACACCGGGAUCCAGAAAGCCGGCAUCGACGUGCGUCUGUGUGACGUCGGCGAGGCGAUCCAGGAGGUGAUGGAGUCCUACGAGGUCGAGCUGGACGGCAAAACCUACCAAGUGAAGCCGAUCCGGAACCUGAACGGUCAUUCCAUCGGCCAGUACCGGAUCCACGCCGGCAAGACGGUGCCCAUCGUGAAAGGAGGAGAGGCCACAAAGAUGGAGGAGGGAGAAGUUUACGCCAUCGAGACCUUCGGCAGCACCGGUAAAGGAAUGGUGCACGACGACAUGGAAUGUUCUCACUACAUGAAGAACUUUGACGUGGGCCACGUCCCCAUCAGGCUCCCCCGAGCGAAGCACCUGCUGAACGUGGUGAACGAGCACUUCGGCACGCUGGCGUUCUGCCGCCGCUGGCUGGACCGCCUCGGCGAGAGCAAGUACCUGAUGGCGCUGAAGAACCUGUGCGACCUGGGCAUCGUGGACCCGUACCCGCCGCUCUGCGACACCAAGGGCUGCUACACCGCCCAGUUCGAACACACCAUCCUGCUGCGGCCCACCUGCAAGGAGGUGGUGAGCCGAGGGGACGACUACUGAGCCUCCGUCACCUCCACCCUCAAAUAAAAAGCUUCUUCUUAACCGGGACGCUGUCGUCUCGAGAGCGGCUCUGAGGGGAUGCCAAAUGCUGCUGUACUCUUACCCACAAUGCACCACUCGCAGCUUGCAAAGGAAGACGUACAGAGUCCUCCGUCGUAAACGAGCCGACGCGUUUUGCGCGUGACUAAAAAAAAACGAUCAUGUUUAUUUAAGCUGCUGCUGACCCCCAAGAGUAACCGGACGGCGAGCGAGGAAACCCCGUUUCAUUUAAAGCUCCAAUGACUCCUCACACCUACAGCUGUGUGGGGGGGGGGGGGGGGGGCUCUGCACUCCGGUCCCUCUCUUCAUCGUUUCUUUGAAAUCGUGGCUACCCGUUUGGUUUUGUUCCCGUUAUACAAAAAUAAAAUGCUUCGCUUUGAACUCCCUGAAAACAUUUUUUUGGAAGGAAAAGAAAAGUUGAUUAAAAUGGUUUUGCGCAUUGUGA